AUGAAGCAGACCAUGAAGCAGACCAUGAAGCAGACCAUGAAGCAGACCAUGAGGCAGACCAUGACAGCGGCCGCCACCCUCUGUGCUCUGCUCUGGGUGCGGCUCUCUGCAGGUGUGAGAGCGCCCCCUGCUGGACUGGGGGUCACACAGUCUCCUCCACGUCUGUCUGUGAUGAGGGGAGAGUCCGUCACUCUGUCCUGUCUCUACAACCAUCAGUCCCGGAGUUUCGGGGUCCACUGGUUCAGACUGGACUCUCUGGGCCGGCGCCACGACCUCCCGCCUCAGCCCAGAACAAACCGAAGCUCAUCUCUGCUGAUCCCCGACACCACGCCACAGGAUUCUGGGACGUAUCACUGCGAGGUGCAUCGCAGAGUCCAGGGCAACGAGCAAACCAUGGAGCGCGGCAACGGAACCCUGCUCACGGUGAUGGGUGAGUCCUGGAGGCUGCUCAGUGCGGUUUGGGAAAGACGUGAGAGUUACGUAAAGAAUGUAUAG